AUGCCGAGCAGUAUGAAGUUGGACUGGGGUCGACACCGAUUGGCGAAUCAAAGCGUUAACAUGGCCACAUUCGACAAUUGGCUUUUCAAUGUGGCAAUGUGUGCCAGUAUGGUAACUCCGUAUGAUGUCGGACGAACGACCUCAGCCAAAGCUUCAAAGGAAAGGUUGUUUGUGCACAGUGUUAGCGACAACAAUGAGGAGACUCAACAGCGACAGCAUCAUGGAGAAUCAGAGAAGACUACAUGCCCAAAAUGUGGAGGCACGCACCGACUGUCGGAAUGUGUCGACUUUCGAGCAUUGAACGUUAAACAGCGCUGGGAGUUUGUGAAAUCGAAACGGCUAUGUUUCUGUUGUUUCUGGCGGCAUCUCGUACGAAACUGCAAAGCUAAAGAAACCUGUGGCGUCGAUGGAUGCAAAUCAAUUCACCACGUACUGCUGCAUACCGCCGCAGGCAAUGAUGGCAGAAACAAGCUGACUGGGCAAACAGUGCCUCGAUCUGCCAACAAGGAGGAGUCUUCAAUCAUGUUUCAUGGAAGGACUGCGAGUAGCCCUCUCUUUCGCUAUAUCCCGAUAACGAUCCACGGCAAAUCCAAAUCUGUGAAAACAUUUGCUUUGGCCGAUGAAGGAGCUGCUUGUUCUUUAAUUGAAAGAUCCUUGUCUGACGAGCUCGAGCUAGAAGGACCGGCAACUCAAUUGUGCCUGAAAUGGACAGGUGAUGUUUCUAAGGUUGAAAACAAUUCGCCAUCGUUGGACAUCACUGUAUCAACUACGAGUAUGGAAUCGCAGCGAUACAUUCUGAAAAGUGUGCGAACAGUGUCUGAUCUCGACCUACCAGAGCAAAGCCUCGACCAGCAAUUAUUGGAGUCUCGGAGUCACCUCUGUACGUUGCCUAUAGAUCCCUAUUCCAACGUACGAGCACGAAUCAUCAUUGGACUCGACAACAUUAAAUGGACUAUUCCGCUGGAGUUGCAUGAAAGUGAAGACGACGAUGUUAUUGCAGCACGUUGCAGGCUUGGCUGGGCUGUUUACGGCCGCUCAGCAAAGGAAUACUCAUCGAUUCCACGCCUGCUACAUAUUUGCCAAUGUAGUGAGACUGGCAGUUUGGAUGUUGCAUUGAAAGAGUACUUUUCUUUGGAAUCUCUGGGAAUUGUCGCUACGAUCAAUCCAUUACGAUCCAAAGACGAUGAGCGAUCGAUGCAAAUCAUGGAAGCAACGACAACGUUCUUGGCAGACGAGAAUAGGUGGCAAACUGGAUUACUGUGGAGAUUCGAUAAAGUGGUCUUGCCUGACUCCUAUGAAAUGUGUCUUAAGCGUCUAAAAUGUCUCGAAUCAAAAAUGUCGAAAGAUCCGCAGUUACGCAACUUCAUGGUAACGACGAUGAAAAACUAUAAGGAAAAUCGUUACAUCAGACGCCUGGAUGAUAGUGAGUUGGCGCGUAAAGAUAUAACAUGGUUUCUUCCUAUCUUUACCGUCACCAACCCUAACAAGAAGAAGACACGUUUAGUGUGGGACGCCGCAGCGAAGAUCCAAGGAGUGUCUCUAAACGACUGCCUGCUAAAAGGUCCUGACACACUUGCAUCAUUGAUGGGCAUUCUAAUACGCUUCAGAGAACGCCCAAUUGCUAUUUCGGGAGACAUACGCGAAAUGUUCCACCAAGUGAGGGUGCGACCAGAGGAUCAGGCAGCUCAGAGAUUCCUCUGGCGUGAUGGAAACUCGCAACGGCCACCGGAGGUAUACGUCAUGCAAGUUAUGACUUUUGGAGCAUCGUGUUCACCUUCCUUGGCGAGUUACGUUUUGAAACGCAAUGCUCAACGAUAUGAAGCUGAAUAUCCCGAGGCCGUAAAAGCCAUUUGCGGCAACACUUUCGUCGAUGACUGGCUUCAGUCUGUGGACUCAGUAGCUGAGAUGACAAAGCUGGCCCAGGCUGUAAAACUAAUUCAUGCUGAUGGAGGACUUGACAUGCGACACUGGACAUCCAAUUCUCAAGCCGUGGUCUGUGCUCUUGAGAAUAGAUAUGACAUGUUGGACAAGCCUAUUUGUUACCCAGACGUUGGUCCGGAAAAGGUUCUGGGCAUGUGGUGGCAACCUGGUGAAGAUUGUCUAACGUUUAUGGUGAAGCCAGAUACGAUCGCAAAGGCUCUGGAUGGUCGGCCAACUAAACGCCGCGUCCUGAGCAUGAUUAUGACCAUAUUCGACCCCCUUGGAAUUUGGCCGCAGAUGAACAUUGAUGCGAGCCAACAUAGCCAUACUAUUCUGCAACACGUCGAAGAGCAAUUGGAAGCCAUGUCACCUUUGAGCUGUAUCUCACCAGACCCAGAAGGAUUCAGCAAACUGGAGAGAUUAAGAGCCGCACAGUUGCGAGUAUUGGAUUUCUUGCGAUCUAUUGUCAAGAAGAGCAUGGGAUCGGAAUUAAAGAAGUUACUAUUACUUGAGCGGCCAAUCGAGAUGGAUAUCAUUCUAAUACGAGUGUGCCAGGAAACCGAGUAUUUCAGCGAGAUGAAAUGGUUGAAAAUGGGAAGCAGUAUUAUAGAUCGGAAGAGCAAGCUAUUCAAAUGCUUUCCGUACUUGGACGAAGUAAGCAUACUGCGCGUCAAGGGAAGAAUCGACCUAAUAGAAGGAGUCGAAGUAAACCUAAAGCGACCCAUAAUCCUACCAAGAAGACAUCGAUUUACAUUUCUGCUGGUUGAGUCGUAUCAUCGCCGGUACCAUCAUCUGUACGACGAGAUCGUGGUCAAUGAACUACGGCAAAGGUUCCUGAUAUUUGGUCUGAGAGCCUUGGUGAGAGAGUUUCUCAAACUUGUCCAGCAUGCCGGAUGA